ACUGAGAACGCCGCCGCGAACGCACGCGCUGUGCCGCGAUAAAUUGUACCGCCACGUGUUUCUGUGAGUAAAUAAUCAGUGGCCACCAAUUACAAACAAUUGGUAUGGACUGUGUUUGUGAACAAGUGUCCAGGAACUAGUGACACGAUUGGAUUGCACCUAAGGAUUCGGACGAACGGUAACAAUCGAGUCGCUUUGUUUAUUUACCAAUUGAGGAAACGUAGGAUCAUCAAGAUCUUACUACGAAUUUUCUCGUAGCAGCAAACGCAACAAACCGUAUUCAGUAUAUCAGUGACGUGAUUCUAUCAGUAUUAAUGGACAAAUUGUGAUUUCCAAAAUGUGUUUGCAAAGGAACAGUGGACGGAAAAAGUGAUAAUGACAGUGAGGUGACGAGAAAUCCAGCCGGUUGGCUGCGGUUGUGAAACUUAAAAACAUUCCCCUAUUAAAAAUUUUAUCCAAGGGCCCGGAGGAUAUUAGCAAGGAUAACUGCAAAAUGACCAAGGGCCCUCGGAAAGUGAAGCUAGUCAUUGUAGUCAACAAUAAGAAAGACCCGCCUACGUUCAAGACAUUGACGCCGACAUCUCGCACGCAGCUGAAGCAGCAGUUGAUGCGCGAACAUGCUCAGGAGCAAUUGCGCAGAGAGUCACUACAAGCACAACAAGCAGGCCAGUCCAAGGACAAUGAGGAGAAGAAGAAGUCAAGUCCGGCGGAGGUGCCGCGGAUCACGCCUCACGUUGAACUACCGCCACAAGUAUUACAGGUGCGAACAGUUCUGGAGAACCCCACCAGGUAUCACGUGAUACAGAAGCAGAAGAGUCAAGUGCGCCAGUACCUCAGUGAAUCAUUUCAACCACAGACACAGGUGUCACCCAGAUCAGCGCCGGAGCUGGGCACGCGACGCGCGUCGAGUCCUGAACGACCGUGCUCCAGCCUGCGUGAUGCCGGCGCCUCCGCUAGUAAUAACUCAGAGGCUGACGAGUUCCUAGAAGACAUCCUAUCGCUGGACAGCGGCGCGGGCCCGCUGUCGUCAUCAGGCCCCCCGUCCGCUGCCAGCUCCGUGGCCGGCGACUGCGCCCUGCUCACCGAGAGCGACAUGCAUGCGCUCGCUAAGGAUAGGCAGAAGAAGGAUAAUCAUAAUAUGAUCGAAAGGCGUCGCCGCUUCAACAUAAACGAUCGAAUAAAGGAGCUAGGCACACUUCUGCCGAAGACCAACGAUCCCUUCUACGAGGUCAUCCGAGAUGUUCGUCCCAACAAGGGGACCAUACUCAAGAGCAGUGUGGACUAUAUCAAGUGUUUGCGGGAUGAAGUGAACAGGCUUAAACAUAGUGAACAGAGGAGAAAGCAGAUGGAAAUACAUAAUAGGAAGCUUAUGUUGCGGAUACAGGAGCUGGAGCGUCUCGCGCGAGUGCACGGGCUGCCGGUGUCGGGCGGCGCGGGCUGGGCGUCGCCGCACGCGGACGACUCGGGCGUGGAGUGCGCCGAGCCGCCCGAGCCCGCGCCGCCGCCGCCCGCGCCGCAACCCGCUGCGGCGGCAUCCGCGCCCGAAACUCCUGCUCCUGUGCCUGAGCUGAUCCUGCCGAAGUCGGAGCCGGCGUCGCUGAUGGAGUUCGGCGAGGCCGGGCCCGACCUGCUGCGCGGCGUGCCGCACGACUGCCUGUCGGCGCUGGACGCGCUCGGUACUGUGUGCCCCGCUAGCGAUGGCUUGAAACUCGGUUCCUGUUCCCCGCUGAGUCGAGACGAGGGUCUGUCUCUGGGCUGUCUGGAGCCAGACCUGUGUCUUGAGCCUGUGCCUGAUCAUCUGUUCAACCAUAAAGACAUUAAGAUGCGCCUGUCUCCGACGCCCGCGCUGCUGAGCAGCGAGGAGAGCGAGGCGGUGCUCAACCUCGCGCAGAUCGAGGACCUCAUGGACGACGACUCGCACAACCCCGUCACGCAAGGUGAUCCAAUGCUGUGCUCGUCGCCGACAUCGCAGCUGUGCCUCAGCAACGUGGUGGCCGAGGCAGCCGACAGGAACAUCAGCUCCAUGCUGCACGAUGAUGCAGCCAACUAUCAUACUAGCGGCACAUCAAUGCUCCUAUCAGAAGGCGGUCUCGGCCUCGGCGGAGGCCUAGGCCUGGGUGGCCUCGGCGAAGGCCUGCCGCUGCUGCUAGGCCCUCACCACCGCCCCCACUCCCCGCACUCGCAUCCCCGGCAGCACUGCUUCGAUAUGGACCUCGGCGCGUAAAUACAAAGGUCUUUAGCAGUAAGUUUUUUUAGUGUCCGGUAUUGAGAACAGCGUCAUCUAUUGGUGUGAUAAAAAAAAUGGUUUAUGUAAUAAUUUCCAUAGCUGUAAAGAGAGACCGGGUCAGACAAAACAAUGUCUGUGUAAUAAUGUUUUCAUUACUGUAUGGAACACAGUUCUUGAAUACAAAUUCGGAUGGGUAACUCUCCAAGAAUAUUACGUUGUUAGGCGUUUUCGAGCGAUGUUUUUUUGUUAUAUUUGGCUAUAAAAACAGCAAAUAACUAAUAUUUAUAAUUAUUUGACUUUGAAAAGGAGUGCUGUAAAAUUCUGUUAAACAGAAAUACAUAUUAGUAUUGCAAAGUUCUUAUUGAAAGUUCACUUUGAUAACAAUAGAUGGCGCUGUUACAUAAAAACUCCAUUACAAUAAAAUGGAGAGCAAAAGCAGUAGAAUUUCUUGGCUAAGAGUAUUGGUAGCUUUUUAAACAAAUCUAUAUUAUCAUGAAAACACAAUUUAGAGAUCUCUUCCAUUUGUUUGAAUGUAAAAGACGUGUAUGAGUGCCUUAUCGAAUAAGAUUCUCAUUAAGACAAGAACGAACUGACAUACCUAACACAUGGUUCCGUACACAAUUUUUGUUCCUAUUCGCAUAUCCAUUUAGAAUUAAGACAUUUUAACAUGUACCAAUACAUAACACUUUAUCAAAGUGUUUUUAUCAGCUUUUUUUAAAGUACGGAACCCUAAUCGAUGUUUUCUAGUUACGAUGUGUUCAGUACCAGAGAUAAGUAGGAGAAUGAAUGCGAUGAACGAUUUUAUGGCCUUCUAGCAAAAAGAAAAUUCUUUGAUAAUGAUAUUAUAUGUAUGGAAUACUUUUUUUUAUGUAGACGUAAGAAUAAAGUGGCAAUUUUUAUUUGACUUAUUGGUAUAAACAUAUCAGUAUAUUUUUUUAAAAAAUACAUAAAACUUCACAAAAUAGAAUUGACCACAAAAAUGAAAUAGCAUUAUUAAAUGUCACUUUUUCUUAUGUCAAAUUUUUAAAUGGUUCUCAAAGAUUUUCAAAAGGACCCCUUAUAAAAGGGCCUUUUUGAAACUGAACAAUCUACGUACAUUGAGGUACGUAUAUAAUCACACAGAUUGAGACAAACAGAAUCCCAGUUGAUUGAAAGCCAAAGAGUCCAUUUUGCAUUGCUAAAAGAUGGGUACAUAUCUUAAACUUGGAUACUGCUGGACUAAGGAGCCCUUUAAACGUUAAACAUGAUAUCUUCACAAACUAUGUGUUAUUGACAAAGUAUUUAAAACAUAAAGACAUAAGUAAACUAUUUGAUUUUACCUCUGGAAGCAACAUUUCUACGAAAAAAUUAGAUACUCUUUACAUAAUGGGUUCAAAAAGUCCAGCAGUAUAAAAAUAUGGAAUAAAAAAGUUUUCUCCUUCACUAGUUAAGGUUAACUUUAGAACAAUGUGAUUGAGUAGUUACCGGCUCACUUAUAGUUAAUCCUUACAAAACAUUUGUUUUUAACGAGCGGCCAUAUUUACCGUGGCGUGAUCGAAUCCGCCAUAUUACUGGCUAAAAGUUUGAGAAACGAUGGCAUAGCAAAUUGUAUAAUAUAUUGAAGUUUGUUAAUAUAUGUAAUGUAGCCUAAAUUGCAGCUGAUUUAUAUUUAAAUAGUGUAGUUUACGUUAUUUUUGUAGUUAUAUCUUCUAUUUGAUUAUGUUGUUUGAUUUACUUCCAAAUGGUUAUAUGAUUAAAGUCCAUUUUGCUUUGUAAAAUGUAUUCUUUAAUAUUGUUGUGGGAUAAAUUAAAAUUAUCAAUGUGUAUGAAUAGAAGAUGUAAUUACACAUGAUUAAUAAAUGUAAAUGUACGAAAUAAAUUCUUGAUUCUGUGUGUUGAGGCACAAGUGUUACACUAUUACAUAAUAAACAAGUAUUGUAUACUAUUGUAGAUAGAGGUGCUAUAUUUUUUGAUAAACAUUUAAAUGUUACGAAACUGGGAUAAUAUUAACUGAAGGACCAUACUUUUGUACAGAAUAAUUCAUUGUGAUACGAAAUAUAUUUUUAGAUGAUAUUUAUUUAGUUAUACAAACUAUAUUUUUUGUAUAUAAUAUUAUACUUAGCUGUUAUUACACGAAGUGCCUUGCUUUUUAGCCAAUUUAGUAGGAAAAGCUUGAUUUUUUCUAAAAGAAAAUAAUGUAAAUAGAUUUUGUUAAAAAUCUAACACUGGUUAAGAGAAACACUAUGUAUUUGUUAAGUUUUAUGAUGAAUUUACGAUAUUUCAUUAUAUUAUGAUAUUUUUGAGACUAUGACUAUAGAUCGACUAUUUUUGGAACUGACGAAUCCAUAAAUAUUAUCGAAUUAGUCAGUUAUUGGUUGUUUAUUGACUAUAGAAACAAAAUUGAAGGGUUGCCAACACCAAAACCCCGUAUUUUUAUACAAAUAUACAGAACCCUUCUUGUCAGUCGGGUAAUAAUUGAGCAAUAUGAAUUUAUAAAUAAAUAUGGCAAUUUUAAAGUUGUUAUAAAUAACGAACAAACGUAUUUCCUUAUGAUUUAAGAUAUAGAGAAGUUGCGAAUCAGUGAGCCUUAUCACUUAUUGAUAGUAAAAGUUAAAAGAUCGUUUUUGUUAAUAUUAUUAUGGUCGUGCGCAUGUUUCCGUAUGUAUUAUGUAUUUCGCUCGAAUUAGACAUUUAAGUUUAGAAAACUGGAUAUUUAUUGUAAACGUUUUAUGAUUUUUAUGUCUUGCGACAAUUUUAUUGUGUUUUGAAAUAUUUCAUCAGUUGUAUUUUAGCUAAUAUUCUAAUAUGUAUUUUUCAACCUGCAAUAAAAAACUGUUUUUUGAAUACAUUUUAUGAAAUUCACAUCAAUUAUAUUAAUUGAUAAAUCCUCAAGAAAUUGAUUUUCUGUGGAUGAAAUAAACUGUGGAUCCGAUUCCCUUUGAGGCAUAUCGAGCGAAAAACAAUCACAAAAUAUUAUGUUGUAUGAAUGUUAUUUAAUAUUGUAUGAGAUUAAAAAAUGUUGAAGUACAAAAAGUGAAUAACAAUGAAUUUACGAGUAA